CGAAAGCAUGAUCUUCAUGGCUUGUCGGUUCUUUUCUUAUUCUUAGGUAGGUACUGAGGGUAGGUGAAGAAGUCCGGGCGGAAACGAUAAGCCUAAACUGACGGUCAGCAUCUUUAUCAGCAGCGACUUUAUCGGCCGGAGCCUUUGCCAGGCAGACCCACAGUAAGCUUGCCAGCUUGUCCGUCGCACCGCCGCGUCCGACUUACCAACUGUAUCGCCGACAUCGAGAACACAUGGAUGUAAAACACAUGUACUACACAUGCAAUACGGUCAACGACUUGCUUCGUACUUCGUGGUAGGUUAGUUGGUACGCCACGCACGCACCAAACACACCCUUCUUCAGCUUGUCAUCCGCCUGUCAUCCGCCCUCAUUCGCCGCCACUCUGACAACAUGUUCACACUUCCACAAGCAAAACGCAUUCGUCGCGAGGACAUCAAUGAUUCAGCCUCAGACGAGGCCUCAUCUGACGAAGAAAGGAGCCACAACCCACAGGUUGAGUCGGCACUGCGAGCAAGGCUCAACGCACAGCUGUCAGGUAUACUCAACUUGAACUUCACAGCUGGCUCCAAGGCGCAACGGCAGCAAGUGGGCCGAGCAAAUGACGAAAAUCCGCAAGAGGCUUCUAAAGAGGAAGAAGCCUUUGUCUUUCGUCUCUUUCGCGAUGAAGCACCCUCACACACCGUCGUGUUAACGCACGACGAGGAUCCUGCCGCCCAAGGUGAUGGCGGCUUCGUGGUGCCAUCGCGUCCGCGCUCUCACUACAUCGCAUCGGCACCAUCUCGUGAGAAGGAAACAGAAUACCGCAGCGUUGCCGUGAGCGCCGAGUAUCUGCUAGCAGACGCGAAGAAGCGGCGCUGGGGCCUUGAAAAGCCAUGGCGAGUAAUCCAUAUCAUAUCAGGUUCCAGCUCAACCGUCCCGUCUAAAUCCAGAGCCAAAUCAGAGGAGCCGAUAGCGCAGUUGAAAGAGAAGAAACGAACACGCCCAGGCAAGAAGCACCGUCUCCUCCUACGCGUGCGAGAAAAAGAAAAAUGUGAGCGUGAAGAGGCUGUCAAGACAUCUGCCCUUGAUAAGGAGCAGCAUCUGCAGGAGAAGAAGAAGCGUCUUAAUCGGGAGCGGAAAUUGAAGCGGAGGCAGAAAGAACGUGAGAAAAAGGCUGCGUUACAGGUGGGGGAUGGUAAUGGCGGCGAGACUGAUUGAUGGCCCACACAAGAGUGACGAUUGGUGAGAGGAGCGUACAGCCAUGGAAAAUCGUAAAUGUGUUACCUCCCAGGCUCUAUUUAGGUGUAUACGUUAUUAGCAACAUUCUCCUGAGAAUGCGAUUGUAUCAAUGUUUAUUGCAUAUCAUUCAUGGCACUGGUCUCAUGCCAAAAGAGGAACAUUGAUCAUGGAUUUCAUUUUUGAUAGUUAUAAUUCCUAGAAUAAGCAUAGCCAUCCGUCGUAUGCAACUAGGAUUUAAUUGUCUCCGUCCUUGCAGCCUUCCCUUUUUAUCUCUUGCGAGCCCUCAUUCAUCGUCCCUAGAUAGAAAGAUCUAACCCACAUCUUUCAGCUCGAUUCUCAUAAUACAUAAUAAAUAGAAACUCAACAUACACGCAGGGCACAUGGUUAU